GUCCUCCUCCCACUGGCUUCCUCACCCCCACCCCCAACUCCUCCUCCCACACGCCUCCGCUAACCCUAGCCGUCGCCCCGGCGUGGAAAGGAACGGGGGAGGUCAGCGCGGCGCAGAUCCCGCGCCCCAGGACCCGCCGCGCCGCGGCGCAGGGAGGACGACGGAUGACAUCAGCAUUUCCUCAUGUGGCCACAGAAACAUUUAUACUGUUGUUUUGCUGUGCAAUUGCCAAUUGGACAGUUCUUUGUGAAUUGAAGUAACAUCAUUAUGUAUUCCGGCGGGAGCUCGCAUUCUAGAACUAGAAGUGGCCUUGUCAGGGGAAACAGUAUCAGGGAUCCCAGCAACAGUUCAUCUUCUAGAACAAGAAAUCGGAUUGCCAGGGGAAACAGCAUCAUGGAUCCCAACGAGCUAUCAUGUUCUAAAACUCGAAGUGGGCUUGUUAGGGUAAACAAUAUUGUGGAUUCCAGUGAGGGUUCAUCCUCUAAAGCACUUGUUAUGGUAAACAACACUGUGGAUUGCAACAAUGGUCCUUCUUCUAGAACACGAAGUGGGCUUGCUAGGGCAAACAAUAUCACGGAUUCCAGCAAGGGUUCGCACUCUAUGACACAAAGUGGGCUUGUUGGAGCAAACAUUGCUAUGGAUUCAAAUGAUAGUUCAUGUUCUAAAGCGCAAAGUGAACUUGUUAGAGGAAACAUCGAUGUGGAUUCCAAUGAUGGUUCAUGUUCUAAAACGCGAAGUGGGCUUGUUAGGGGAAACCUUGUUAUGGAUUGCAAUGAAGAUUCAUCUUAUAAAACACGAAGUGGGCUUGUUAGAGGAAACACUGUUAUGGAUACCCCCAAGGAUUCACGUUCUAGAACACGAAGUGGGCGUGCUAGAAGAAGCCCCACUGACAAGGUAGAAAGCAAGGAUGAACCGGUCAUUAAGGGGCCGCUUGACGAAUGUGAAGCAGACGGUCCAGGAAAAAAUAGAUCAAAUCGCAAGAGUGAUCUGGUGCAACUCAAGGAUAGCUCAGACAUCAAGGGGCCAGACAGAAGUUGGAAAGAAGACAUACCAGUAAAGGAUCGAUUGAAUUACAAGAGUGACCAGGUUCAAAACAAGGUUGAACCAGUCAUGAAGGGGCCUGAUGGAUGGUGGAAAGAAGAAAGCUCCAGCAAGAAUGGAUCAAAACACAUGACUGAUCUGGUCCAAAUCAAGGUUGAGCUACUCAGAAAGGGGCAGUUGCCUGAUGGAUGGCGGAGAGAAGACAGGCUAAGAAAGGACGGAACUAAGAGUGAUACAUACUACACUGACCCAGUGAGUGGUUAUGAAUUUCGCUCUCUGAAGGACGUGCAACGUUAUAUUGAAUCAGGAGACAUAAGUAAAUGCAAUAUUAGGCCAAAGAAGAGAACUGCCCAGAAUGCUUGUAUUACACAGAAUCAAGAUUAUACAGGAACCUCAUCAGAAUACGCAAGACCAGGUACUGCUGAUAAGGCUAUUCAAUGUGAAUUACUAACUGAAGAAGGGAUCAGGCUACCGUGGGAGGAAAUGCUCAAGACAAUUACUCAAAAUAAUAUGUUACCAGAGCCUGAAGUCAUGAAACUGAUGCAAAAAUAUGCGGACAAAGUUGAUCCCUCGGAACACAAGAGCGUGCAACCAGUCUCUCGACAGCGUGCUUCAAGGGCAAAGAGAUCUGUUCAAAGAAAAGAACCAAAUGCAGAGGUGAAAACCAGGAAGCGUAAAACCAUGUCUAAAGAAAAGGUUGCCACACCUCCCACUCCCAGAGUGUCACCCCGCUUAGUUGCAUGGAAGGUUAAUCCUGAAGUUAACACCGAGCCUCAAGAUGAGCCGACCAUUGUAAAUCUUGCCAAUCAGGUAAAGCCUGUUCAAGAAAAAACUGCGGAUGUACGGAAAGUUAAUCCUGAAGGAAACACCGAGCCUGAAGAUGGACCUACCAGGGGAAAUCUUGUCAAUCAGGUACAGCUUAUUCAACAAAAAACUGCGGAUGUGAGCCAGGCAGACAAUGUCAUUCAAAUACAAACCAAGCAUGAGAACACUGCCAAUCAGUUACACUCGAGGCAAGCAGAUGCUGCUGUUCCAGUGCAUGUCAGUUACGAGGGCACUGUCAAUCGGCUACAGCUGUGCCAAGCAGACCCUGUCACCCAAAUCCAAGCUGAUAAUGUGGUUCCAUUGCAGACCAAUCAUGUGGGCACUGUCAGUCAGUUAUGGUCGAGCCAGGCAGCCACUGCCAAUCGAAUACAGACCAAUCAGGAGAGUACUGCCAGUCGGUUACAGUCGAACCAAGCAGAGAAUGCCAAUCACAUACAUGGUAUGCAGAAUUACACUGCCAACUACUCACAGCUGAGGAAAGCAGACACUAUGCAUCAGAAACAGACUAAUCAGAAAAAUACUGCCAGUCAGUCACUUUCGAGCCAAGAAAAGUCACCCUUUCAAAAGCAGACUGGACAGAAACCCUUCCAAAAGCAGACUGGACAGAAAUACGUUGCCAGUUACUCACAGUUACCACAAAGCCAUGGAAGCAUUGUGAAUCACACACAAACUAAUCAGCAACACUCUGCCAAUCAGAAUCAGUUACAGUCAAGCCGGGCAGACACAGCCAAUGAUUUACAAACUACAAAGGAAUUCUUUGUGAAUCACUCACUGCUGAGGCAAGCAGGCGCUGUGAACCACAUGCAGAGUAACCAGGAGAACACCGCCAUUCGAUUACAAUUAGGUCAAGCCAACACUGUGAAGCAAAUGCAAACCAUGCAGGGAAAUAACACUGAUCAGUCACAGCUGGUCCAAGGUUUACCUGUUAAUCAAACACAAACUAUUCAGGAAUACUUUGCUAAGCACCCAGUAAAUACUGUGAAUCAAAUGCAGAUUAGCCAGGAAAACACCGCCAAUCAACUACGAUUCAGUCAAGCUAACUCUGUCAGUAAGGCACAAACUAUGCAGGAAAAUACCACCAGUCGGUCACAGCUGAUCCAGGGUUUAACUGUCAACCAAAUACAGGCUAUUCGGGAAAACAAUACCAGAUACUUGCAGCUACGUUAUGCUGAAAAUCCUAUCCAACAGUCUGGUUUCUCUCCGGCUCCUGAGUGGGGACAUGGAGCACCUGCCACAGGCUUCUGGAAUAAUAAUGUUGAACAUCAGAAGUCGCCAUCUCCGAUGCAAAUAGACACAGCACCUUUUGCAACCUCCUCGGCAAAUGUUGAACCCCAGUAUGCGCCUACCCCAGAACCUGCUUUGCCACCGCAGGCUGCAGUGCCUGGAGAUGCUGCUGAUCCAUCUGGGUUUGCCCUGCCAUUAUUUGGAAAUUCAUGGUCAGAUCCAUGCAUCGAGUUCGCAUUCAAGACCCUCACAGGCGACAUCCCUGUUCUGAAUCCAACUGUCGCGGACUACUUUCCUCUUCAGCAAGACCUGAAUAAAGUCGCACCACCAGAUUACUCCGAUCCCUCUGUCGACGAUACUAGAAACCAUACACAUGUCAAUCAAAGCAGCCACCACUCAGCCCCAAGGCCAUCAAAUGAGUUCUACAAUGGUGGCUGGUUCCCUCCUCAGUGACGCCCCGGAAGGCUGAAUGGACGAACCGCUUGUGCUCGCAAAAAGGCUGAUGUUCCGCUCGUACUUGCAAAAAGGCUGAUGUUCCGCUCGUACUUGCAAAAAGGCUGAUGUUCCGCUCGUACUUGCAAAAAGGCUGAUGUUCAGAGAGGAAUGCCCAAGCGAUCGAGCUCGAAGCAGUAGUCUUGCUUGCGCUCUUGCGUUUUUGUGAUCCUUCUGCGAUAUAUUUUGCAAAGGCCUGUAGCUUUCUCUAACUUUGUUAGACAGUGUGUACAUCCCACCGGAUGCCUCUUGCCAUAGGAUCAGGAUGGCUUCGUAGACGCCUCUUGCCAUAGGAUCAGGAUGGCUUCGUAGACGUGAAUGCCGUUGUAGAUGAUCUAGCUGUGUUUUUUGUUUUCUGUUUUAUUUUUCUUCCUUUCUGUGUAGUUCGCCCGGUAAAUCUCAUUUGAUGUAUCAUCAGGGCGGACUCGCUAACACACCGUUGCAAGCACCAUAGUUUAACUAUCUUUGCAAGUGUUUCCGAUAUGUGGAUAAUAAAUGUCUCUUGGAUA